UACAUCCAUAAUGAGAGAAGUCAUCAGUAUCAAUGUCGGUCAAGCCGGUUGCCAGAUUGGUAACGCAUGCUGGGAAUUAUACUCCCAGGAACACGGAAUCAGACCUGAUGGUUACUUACAAGAAGGUUUAGACAGACCUAAAGGGGGCGAGGAAGGCUUUUCAACCUUUUUCUCUGAAACCGGCUCCGGAAAGUACGUUCCUCGUGCUUUAUACGUAGACUUGGAACCCAACGUCAUUGACGAAGUCCGUACCGGUAAGUACAAGGACUUGUUCCAUCCUGAGCAGUUGAUUGCUGGUAAAGAAGAUGCCGCCAACAACUACGCUAGAGGUCACUACACUGUAGGCAGAGAGAUCUUGGACGACGUUUUGGAAAGAGUCAGAAAGAUGGCUGAUCAAUGCGAUGGUUUGCAAGGUUUCCUCUUUACCCAUUCUUUGGGUGGUGGUACCGGUUCCGGUUUAGGUUCGUUAUUGUUGGAGCAAUUGUCGAUCGACUACGGCAAGAAGUCCAAGUUAGAGUUUGCUGUCUAUCCAGCUCCCCAAGUGUCCACCUCUGUAGUUGAACCAUACAACACCGUUUUGACAACCCAUACCACCUUGGAACACGCCGAUUGUACGUUUAUGGUUGACAACGAAGCCAUUUACGACAUGUGCAGACGUAAUUUGGACAUUUCCAGACCCAACUUUGACUCAUUAAACAGCUUGAUUGCCCAAGUUGUUUCUUCUGUCACCGCCUCCUUGAGAUUUGACGGUUCCUUAAACGUGGACUUGAACGAGUUCCAGACUAACUUGGUUCCAUACCCUAGAAUCCAUUUCCCAUUGGUUUCGUACGCUCCUGUUUUCUCCAAGCAAAGAGCUAACCACGAAUCCAACUCUGUAGCUGAGAUCACUGCUUCUUGUUUCGAGCCAGGUAACCAGAUGGUUAAGUGUGAUCCUAGAACCGGAAAGUACAUGGCUACUUGUUUGUUGUACCGUGGAGAUGUAGUCACCAGAGACGUUCAAAACGCCGUAGCUCAAGCCAAGGCCAAGAAGACUGUUCAAUUGGUUGACUGGUGUCCUACCGGCUUCAAGAUUGGUAUUUGCUACCAGCCACCUACAGCCAUCACUGGCUCCGAAUUGGCCUCUGCCAGCAGAGCUGUUUGUAUGUUGUCUAACACUACUGCCAUUGCUGAAGCCUGGAGAAGAAUCGACCGUAAGUUCGACUUGAUGUACUCCAAGAGAGCUUUCGUCCACUGGUAUGUUGGUGAAGGUAUGGAAGAAGGUGAAUUCACUGAAGCCAGAGAAGACUUGGCUGCUUUGGAAAGAGACUACAUCGAAGUUGGAACCGACUCGUUCCCAGAAGAAGAAGAAGAAUACUAAGCUAGCUUGGGUUUUACUGGUUCUUCUUUUCUUUCAAUUUAAAGGUCAGCGAUGGUUGCUCUACACUUUAUAGUUCAUUCUAAUACCCUGCUUUGUUCAUACUUUCUUUGGUUUUCCUCUGUGGUUUUUUUAGUAUAUAAUAUACAUUGUUACGUAUAAGCUUUGUGAAGCUACGUGUGAAGCUAUGUAUAAUUCUAUUGUGAUUCAUAUAUAAUAUAUAGAUUUAAUAAUUAUAGU